UGGCGCGGUGGGCAGCGCUUUUGACGCUCUGUAUAACUGCAGAAGCGGUAUGGGGCCACAUCCUACGGCCAGGGCGCACCAUGUCCAACUUCGAGUGGGCGGAACCUGAUGAAGCGGUCUACAUUGAGGAUGGCACCGGGCGUACUUCGAGCGCCCUAACCGCUGCCGAGCGUAUCGCAGCCCUGCGGGCGGUUAUGGAGGAACACAGCGUGGAUGCCUACAUCGUACCUACGGCUGACGCACACAAUUCACAGUAUAUAGCGGCAUCAGACGCUCGCCGCGAAUGGCUCUCCGGGCUAACCGGUUCCUCGGGUACCGCGGUAGUGACAAAAGACCACGCCCUGGUGUGGACCGACGGGCGUUACUUCACGCAGUUCGAGAUUCAAGUAGACACCACACAGUGGACGCUCAUGCGGCAAGGCCAGGACCUGACGAUCCAAGCGUGGUUGGCCAGCAACUUGACCUCAGAAGAUGUGGUGGGGGUGGACCCGACCACUUACACCAGGACGGCGUGGGUGGCGUUACAGAACGCCUUAACCCCAUCUGGCAUCCAGCUACAAGCAAUAGAAGAUAACCUGGUGGACAAGGCGCGAGAGAAUGUAGGCGAGCCGGCCCCCGCGCGCCCUAAUAACGCAGUGUUCGGUCUGCCGGUCGAGUUCACAGGAAAGCCAUCAAACGAGAAGAUCGCAGAACUGUUAGAGCAGAUCUCAGCGCGAGGCGCAACGGCGCUCGUACUCACCGCUUUAGAUGACAUCGCUUACACGCUGAACCUUCGCGGCUCGGACAUCAUCCACAACCCAGUGUUCUUCGCUUAUCUCGUGCUGAGAGUGGACGUGACCACAGAAAACAUAAUCCUGUUCUGGGGCGACGGCGAGCUGCCCGCCAACGUGUCAUCGUUUCUGGCGGCAGAGGGCACCACUGUGGCAGCGCGCCCUUACAGCGAGAUUUUCAGCUUUUUGAGGGAAUUGCCGGACACUGUACCAGAGGGCAGCACUCCCACUAUUUGGCUGUCGCAAGAUGGAAGCCACGCCAUUCAUUUAGCCGCUGAAGUUGAAGGUACAGUUUCAACACUAUCAACGGUCUCCCCUGUGGCUCUGAUGAAGACGGUCAAGAACGAAGUGGAACUGAAGGGGUUCCGUUCAGCCCACGUCAAAGACGGCGUAGCGGUGGUACGUUUCCUUCGCUGGAUACACGAGCAAGUUGACGCGGGCGUCAACGUCACCGAGGUCGACGUUGGGAACAAACUGCUAGAGCUGCGAGGCGAAGAGAAAGAGUUCAUGGGAGCCUCAUUUGCUACCAUCGCUGGCGCGGGCGAAAAUGGAGCCAUCAUACAUUAUAAGGCUGACCCGGACGGACCGCAGAGGGUCAUCACUAAAGAAGACAUGUUGUUGGUUGAUUCAGGGGGACAAUACAAAGACGGAACGACAGACAUCACCCGCACUCGGCACAUGGGCACCCCCACCGAUAUGCAGAAGCUUACAUUCACACGCGUGCUGAAAGGACAGAUUCUGAUGGGCACCGCCGUGUUUCCUAGGGGUAUCACUGGCAACAUUCUAGAUACCCUCGCCCGCAAAGCCCUAUGGGACGUGGGUCUAAACUACAACCACGGCACGGGGCAUGGAGUGGGGCACUUCUUGAACGUGCACGAGGGCCCCGGGGGCAUCGGCUCUGCCCUCAUUGUUACAGACCCGGGCAUUUUCCCGGGCAUGAUCUUCAGCGAUGAGCCCGGCUACUACGAGGUAGAUGAAUACGGUAUCCGUCACGAGGACCUGGUGGAGGUCAUUGAGAUGACGAAAGACUCCGACCACAUUUUUGCGGAAGGCUUGGUAGGUGACUUUGAAGGUCGCGGCGCUCUCGGCUUCUACACGAUCUCAUUGGCGCCGCACCAGACCUCCUGUCUGGAUGUCAGCAUUCUGCAGGACUUUGAGAUUAAAUACAUAAACGAGUACCACGCUCGCGUGCUAGCAACCUUGGGCCCCGAGCUCCUGGAGCGCGGGCUGACGGAAGACUACGCGUGGCUGGAGAAGGAAUGUGCACCGUUACGAAGCGCCGCCAUCUUGGUUACCGUCACACCGCUCCUCGCUUUGCUCGGUGUUGCUAGAAUUUUCGUGUAAUCAGUCUAAGUGUUGAUA